AUGAGCUUCGAUGUAGGAAGAUUUAUAAUUUGUUUGAUUACAGAGGAAGAUUACGACGCCUUUUGUCUGGCGUACAUGUUUACUUAUCGCGACUUUGAAAUGGGUACCCUGGGUUUGGCGUGGACCGGUGAUCUGAAAAAUGCUGGCGGUGUCUGCGAAAAGAACGGGCAUUACCGCGGCAGUAUGAAGUCCCUGAACACGGGCAUCGUGACUCUGUUGAACUACGGCAAGCACGUGCCGCCGGCCGUCUCCCACGUGACUCUGGCACAUGAGAUCGGACACAACUUCGGAUCGCCGCACGACCCUGAAGUUUGCACCCCUUUCGGUGAAGACGGCAACUACAUAAUGUUCGCGCGAGCCACUAGCGGCGACAGGAAGAACAAUAACAAGUUUUCGCCAUGCUCGCUCCGAGCUAUUGAUCCCGUUCUCAAUAACAAGGCGAGAUCUCCUAAGGGAUGCUUUACCGAACCUCAACCGGCAAUAUGCGGUAAUGGCGUUGUGGAAGAGGGCGAGGAGUGCGACUGCGGCUGGGCCUCCGAGUGCACUGACGUGUGCUGCCGCCCUCAGGCCGCCAGACCGCACUACAAGCCAUGCACUCUCACGGAGCACAGCGUCUGCAGUCCUAGUCAGGGUCCGUGCUGCACAGCAUCAUGUACUCUUAAGUUCGGCGACAAGUGUCGCUCGGACAACGGCUGUCGCGACGCGGCCUUCUGCGACGGCAAACGUGCCGGUUGCCCCGCUAGCAGGCACAAGCCCAACAGGACACGCUGCGAUAAGGAACUCGUUUGCUAUAUGGGAGAGUGUACGGGCUCGAUCUGCCUGGCGUACGGGCUGGAGUCGUGCCAGUGCCCGGCGCGCAGCGAGGACCCGCGCUCGGCCUGCGAGCUGUGCUGCCGGCGCCCGGGCGGCGCCUGCCUGUCCUCCUUCCACUGGAACACCGCGCCCUUCGACGUGCCCGACAUGUAUGCGAAGCCUGGCACGCCCUGCAAUGAUUAUAACGGGUAUUGCGACGUGUUCCAACGUUGCCGCGAGGUGGAUCCUUCCGGUCCGCUGGCUACUCUCCGCAAACUUCUUCUAUCAGACGAAAGCAUCGCAGGCUUUAAGCGAUGGGUGCUCAAACACUGGUACGCCGUGCUGCUCAUACUGCUCGCCGUAAUCGCACUCUUGGUGGCAAGUACUCGCUUUUUAGGACGCCACGGCAAGAAACUAAAGUCUGUGACCAUCAUCCACUCGUCCACCACCGAAACCGUCCGUCUGCCUGACGCUGCCGACCAAGGCCUGAUCGUCCAUACCGCUGUCAGGUCAAAAUUACCCCUUAAGAAGAAAGUAGCCUUACGAACUCGCGCAUAUCGCAACAAGAAAGAUCACAAGAAAUUAGGAGAUAAAGCAUCUCCACUUCACAAUGCUAAUAAGAAACGGAAGCCGAUUAGUCAAGCUAAAUUAGAGGAAGCUCCUAAAAUAACUAAAGAAAGCACUGCUAUUGUAACAAACGCAGAAGGCAAAUCACCAAAACAUGUUAUCCUAUCUAAACAUAAAGGCAAAAUUAAGAAACGUAAGACCAAAAUGAAAAAAGAAAUAAUAGACUACAGUUCCAUGCAGAAACAUCCAGUAUCCCCAAUUAAAGAUACUGAAGCUUUGAGUAAGGUACAAAGGUGGCUCCUUAGUUCGCCACAACCCACAGCUAUUCCUAAAUCAAAAUCUAUACCCCUUGGUCUGACAGAACGAUCACAUCGACAGGCGCAGAAGAGCGCGAGAAAAACAAGACCGUCCAAAAGCGCUACUAACUUGCUGUCUGGCGAAAAAGCUCGACUUCAAGUCGUGUUCAAACCUCCAUUCAGGUUCAGUGUAAAGAUUUGUAAAAGCGACAAGACGAAAGUAGUCCUUGACAAAUCUUCAAAACCUGAUAUGGAUAGAAAAAGGCACGAAGUCUUACCUCAACAAGCAUCCGCCGAAGUAACAAAAGCCAAUUUAUCUAAUAAGGUACCUAAACAUUCUAAUUCUACUAGAACUUCCGAAAACACCGUCGCAACUAGUGCUCCUAAAUUAGAAAAACUACAAAUCCAAGAAAACCAAAGCCAUGGUUACGCAAAUUUAUUACCUCGAAGUGCCAGUGACUGUAAGUUAACAAAGAAAUUACCUGAAGUUAAAAUUCGUAAUGGACAUAAAAAGAGCAACUCAGUAGGUCAAAAGAAAGAAACUACAGAAAGUCGUCAAAACCUAAUAACCCAGGAAGACGGUGAAAACGCACACGUCUAUGAAAAUGUGGUAUUAACACAAGACGCUUUCGUCCCUAAGAGUUGCAGCAUGCCUCGGAGGCAGACUAGUGUCGGGAUGUCUCGACAGAGCAGCUACGGUCAUUUACCAAGAGCACAGAUCCGCCCACACAGACAUAGUACAAACAAUAUCAGCAGAUCCAGAAAUAGCAGUACAUCAGAGUUAGAACAUUUCUAUAAUGUUAUUGAAUCACUUAGACGAAAUAACACAAAUGAUGUAAAUACAUGCAAUACAAAUACAAGCAGUUCCUCCGGCAGCAGUCGUCAUGACAGUGCGCUUCUUAAACACAGCUCUAGUUCCCGGCAAGUCAGUAGAACUUCACGUCAGAACAGUUUAGUGGAUAAGCCGGCGCGCUCGAGUCCCACCGACUCUUGUAAACUUCAGAGACAACACAGCGAAGUAGAGCUGGUCAAGCCUCACGGCGAUGGUGGGCUAAAGGGCUUCCAACUUGUUGUGGGUAAAGAUAAGUUGAAGCGGCAGCUAAGUGAUAACGAGUUGUGCAAGUCCCGAGUUCAGUUAGCGAUGCCGAUGUCGGCCGGGGCCGAACCGCGGCAAGCGUUCUGCUGGAACAAGCGCGCCAGCCUCGACUGCGAGGCGUCGCUGCCGGCUGGCCCGCGCGUGUCCAGCUCCCGAAACAAAAAACGAACGACUUACACUUUCGGGGAACUCAAAAACACCGUCCCCAACGCAACUGAUCCAUUGCCUGCCGAAGACGUCCACAUCUCUCCCGAGGAGUUUUUAAACAUUAUUGAUAAUUAAGUAUUAUUGUGGACUAGUAGGCAUUUUUAACCUAAGGUGGUUCUUUAAUGUAUGAACAAAUAAUUAUAUUAAAGUGUAUAUUAGAUACCUAUUUGCAAGAUGUACUAUUGUCGGCUGAUGUAAAUAUUGUAAUUUGCUUUUAAUAUUAGUACUAAUGUAACCUGCCACUGAAACAGACCAUUGCUUAGUUUCUCUCUAACACUACCCAAAUAUAUUGUAAACACGAUCAUCUAAUUUAAAAGUAGGUACAUUCAUUUAGUCAAACUAAUUUUACGGGACAUAAAAACAAAACCCUGAGUUUCAUCUUCCAUUUUUUUUUUCAAUUAUUGUUUCUAUAAGGAUAAUCAUUUGUUAUAUUAAAAUCAAUAAAAGUCAAUAGAUAUAUCAAUAUCUAUUCUCCUCUGUUUGUUAUAUUGGUGUAGUAGUAAUGAAAUUACUAGCAAUGAUCUUGUUUCACUGAAUGAUCUCUAUUAAGUGAAUCUCUAUUUUUUCUACAUGCUAUGUAUUGUACAAAUUUACUCAAACCUAUGUAAAGUGUUCAUGUAAGAUUAUUUAAUUACUUUAAAAAUGCUUUACGUACUUUGAUUUAGUUACGUUCUAAUUUCCAUUUACAGAUCCACUGUUUUAAAUUUAGAUAGCUGUCAAUUAGCGAGUCAAUCAGUUAACAAUCUAGUUACCUAAGAAGUUUCAAUCUACAGCAUAUUAAUCGAAAUACAAAGUAACUUUAAUUUAAUAACUAAGGUUGAAAUAGGAUUCUAUCACUUUUCUAUACU